CUCAUGAGUUUUCUGCCAUAGGGUGGAGGCAGCAGCAGCAGCAGCAGGAGCAGUGUUCCUGCUGGGAGAAUCCACAUUAGCUCUUGAUGAGGAGAUGCUGCAGGUGCUGGAUGCUGUCGACCCUGUAAAGCCUGCAGAUAACAAUGCUCGUCCAGCAACAGUAAACAGAGAUGCACGGGAAGAGUCAGCGUCAUCAUCUGCCUUUGCCCCGUCACGGUCUCUCGCACCAGUUGCACACAAUAAGAGGGAGAGUGACAGAGUUACAAGCCAGGGACCCAGCAGAGCCCCCAGCAGCCCCAGUUGGUGUAGCAGUGAUGGUAAGAGACCAGGGUGGACAGCUGACUGCAAAGACCUCGCUCAGAAGCUUCUCUUCAGCGAGGAUUUGGAGGAGGCAGAGCGUGCUCAGAGGGGUCCAAAAAGCGGCCCGUCGGUGCCUGUGUCUGUCUGCAAUAAUGGUCAAGAAAUAAAAAACAGUCAGCAAGCAGGCAGCUCCAACAUGCAGAAGCGUACCUCCAGAAGAAAGAGCUCCCCUUUUAGGAAAGAGGAAAGUGCAUCGACUAAGAAUGCUGAUCCACCUCUUGAUGUAUCCAGGGACUACAUCUUGUUCAGCCCCACGCGCCUCGCCGCUGCCAUGAAGAGGGCCAAACUCCAGCAGUCAUUACAGAAUCAGUCUGCCUCAGUUCUCACCAUCCCCACUGGAUUAGAGCUCAGUACUCUCAAUGACACUUUACCACAGCCAGGCAUUGCCUUGUGUGCUCCCUUGGAACAAGCUGAAAAGCUGCUGUUAUCCAGUUGGGGUUUGCCAAAACCUGUCCUGGAGCGCUACCAGAAACACGGAGUGACUCACAUGUUUGAGUGGCAGGCUCAGUGCCUCGCUGUCGGACAGGUGCUGCAGGGAGGUAACCUGGUCUACUCUGCUCCCACUAGUGCUGGAAAAACUCUGGUGUCAGAGCUGCUGAUGUUGAAGCGUGUGCUGGAGACUAAAAGAAAAGCUCUCUUUAUUUUGCCAUUUGUCUCUGUGGCCAAAGAAAAGAUGCAUUAUCUUCAGAGUGUAUUUGAAGAGGCAGGAGUUCGCGUGGAGGGAUAUAUGGGCAGCACUUCAGCUGCUGGAGGGUUCACAGCACUGGAUGUGGCUGUUUGCACCAUAGAAAAAGCCAACUCUCUGAUUAACAGACUCAUUGAAGAAGACAGCAUGGGCCUACUAGGUAUGGUGGUGGUGGAUGAGUUGCAUAUGGUUGGGGAUUCUGGAAGAGGAUACCUACUAGAACUGCUCCUGACCAAAAUCCGCUACAUAGCACAGAAGCAAAAUGUCACAGGGUCUCUGUCAGAGGGUGUACAGAUAAUAGGUAUGAGCGCCACCUUACCUAACCUCUCCCUCCUGGCGAGCUGGUUGGGUGCAGAGCUUUACCAGACAGACUACAGACCCGUACCCCUGCAGGAGCAUCUCAAAGUGGGCUGCAACAUCUACGACAAGUGCCUCUCCGUGGUCCGGCAGUUCGCUCCUGCACUCCACAUUAAGGGGGAUGACGACCACAUAGUGAGCUUGUGUUAUGAGACAGUGAGAGAGGGCCACUCUGUCCUGCUCUUCUGCCCCUCGAAGAACUGGUGUGAGAAACUGGCAGACAGCAUCGCUAGAGAAUUCUACAACCUCAGACAUAAUGAUCGUCAGGGCGACACGGACCUCCAGCCAGUGUGUCUGGAUCAGGAGGGACUAGUUGAUGUCAUAGCCCAGUUGAGACGAACCCCCGCCGGGAUAGACCCCAUCCUCCAGCGGACUGUGCCAUGGGGGGUGGCCUUCCACCAUGCAGGUCUGACGUUUGAUGAACGUGACGUGUUGGAGGGAGCUUUUCGUCAGGGCAUGGUCAGAGUCCUGGCUGCCACUUCUACCCUCUCUUCAGGGGUAAAUCUCCCAGCCCGCAGGGUUAUCAUCCGAACCCCGACUUUCAAUGGACACUUGUUGGAUCCGCUCACGUACAAACAGAUGGCUGGACGGGCAGGGAGAAAAGGAGUAGACACUACAGGUGAAAGUGUGUUGGUUUGUAAGGAGGCAGAGCGUCAGAAAGGUAUUAGUCUCAUUAAGGGUGCUCUUCAGCCAAUCAGCAGCUGCCUGGUGAGAAGGGAGGGGGAAGGUGUCACCACUAGCAUGCUGAGAGCAAUCCUGGAGAUCAUUGUCGGUGGUGUAGCCAGCACUCCACAGGAUGUGAGCUUGUAUGCUUCGUGCUCUCUACUGGCUGCCAGCAUGAAAUGUGACAGCAAACGCAAAUCAAAUGAAGAGACCAACAAAGGGGCUAUUGAGGCCUGUGUAGAAUGGCUGAUGGAGAAUGAAUUUAUUAGCAUCCAGAAGGACGGACAAGAGGAGCGGUACUGUCCCACUCAACUUGGUGCUGCCACCCUGUCCUCCUCCCUUUCUCCGCCGGAGGCUCUAGGAAUAUUUGCAGAUCUCCAGCGUGCCAUGAAGGGCUUCGUACUUGAAAAUGAUUUGCAUAUUCUCUAUCUGAUCACCCCGUUGUACGCAGAAUGGACGACCAUAGAUUGGUAUCAGUUCUUCUGCCUCUGGGAACAGCUCUCGUCAUCGAUGAAGAGAGUAGCAGAGCUGGUGGGCGUUCAGGAAGGUUUUCUCGCACGGUCAGUCAGCGGCAAACUUGUCGCCAAGACAGAAAAGCAGCGCAGACAGAUGGCAAUUCAUAAACGGUUUUUCACCACCCUCGUACUACAGGAUCUGGUGAACGAGGUGCCUUUGGGAACAGUGGCAUCUAAAUACAACUGCAAUCGUGGGCAGUUACAGUCUCUGCAGCAGUCUGCCUCCACAUAUGCAGGUAUGGUGACAGUGUUCUGCAAGCGUCUGGGCUGGCACAACAUGGAGCUGUUAUUGUCCCAGUACCAGACCAGGCUGAGCUUCGGAGUUCAGAGGGAGCUGGUCGACCUGGUCAGGGUGUCCCUCUUGAAUGCAACACGAGCCAGAGCGCUCUACGCACAAGGGCUUUGUACUGUUGCUGAACUAGCCAGGGCUACUGUGGCUGAUGUGGAGAAAGCCUUAAGGAAUGCAGUCCCGUUCAAGAGCUCUAAACGUGCAGUGGAUGAGAGUGAGAUGGAGGCGGCUGAGAGGCGGAACCUUCGCUGUGUCUGGGUGACUGGUGGACGGGCCCUGACAGAACAGGAAGCAGCCACUGAGAUAGUUUCUGAGGCAAGGCUCCUCCUUCAGGAAGACCUGGCCCAGCUGGGGGUUCGGUGGGACCCGACAACACUUCCUCCUGGGGCGCCUGCCGGCAGCAGCCCUGACGACCAUCGCAGCAAAGAUACAGAAACCUCAUCUGGCUCAUAUCUCAGUUCACAAGAAGCACAGACUGACAACACUAAAGGCCGCCAAGAGGAAGACAGGCACAGGAAAAGUAAGGGUAGAGAGACUGGCAGACAGAGAGAGGAAUAUAAAAGUGAGAAAAGAGUGGCUGGUAAAAAUAUGGAGAAACCAGAAGGAGUGCAAGAGAAGUCCAAACCUGUUGAGAAGGAAGAAAGUGGAAGAUUGGAGGUGCACAGAGAGGAGGACAGGAUAGACCCAGAAAUCAGACAAGCACAUAAUGAAGUACCAGUGGAAAGCGGCAAAGAAACAAAGACAGCUGAGACAAAUAAAAAGAUGUCCAUGACAAAUGAAACAAAAAAUCUAGAAGAAACACAAGGAAGACAAAAACACACAAAGUCAGAGAAGGAAGAGGAGGAGCACAAAAAAUCAGAAGGGAGAGGAGUCCAGAAAAGUGGCACAGGUACAGUCUCAGUCAGACCAGGGGGUCAACCAGCCAAACGGCCCAUCCCUGAAAGGAGCCUGACACAGGAAUUGGAUGAGAUUGUAUCCAGCCCUCAGCCUCAGUCGCUGCUAGAUCCUCAGCCCUCACCUUCUCCUAUGCCACCUCCUCGCUUCAGAGCCCCGAUAUCCCGGGUAGAAGAACAACAGAGUGUUUCCACAAGGACUUUAAGAGGAGAUGGCUGCACAGGUGAGGCAGCGAGCCCUGUGCAGCCAGGUAGACUAAAGCACUCAAGAGCCCUAAGCAGAGUCCUCUACUCCAUACAAACCGACAAAUGCCUACAAGAUAAUGUAGAGACUGCAGCCCAGGUGUCUACCACUAGCCCUGUGCUACAGACUCCUGCCACAGUUUCUGCUCCUACCAAUGCAGACACAUUGGACACAUCUCCUGCGUCUGUUUCUCCCGCCUCAUCUCCCUUAUUCUCUCCUGAAGCCAAGCGAAGAAGGAUAGAGGACAGACAGGUAGAAAAGUUCUCAUCUCCCGAGCUGUACGCAGGAGACGAGAGAGAUGAAGAAGUUGAGGGAGACGUUAAAAAGGGAGAAGAGAGUUUUGGUGACAGCUUUGAAUUGGACACUCAGACAGAAAGAAUCAUUGUUCAACAGAUGUAUCAGCAACGAAAUGGGAAUGACAGAGGAGGGAAUGAGAUGGUAGAAACAGAAAAGAUGACAGAGGAGGAAACAGUAGGAAAAGCUGUGGGGCUGGAGGGUGACACAGAUGACGGAAGAAAUGAGCUUGACCCUGACAACGCAUGUCCAAGAUUCAAUAUCUCUCUCACAGAUAGCCAGAUGGAGCUCAUCCUUAACACCAGCCACCAGAUUUUCCCUGGUCCUGGCGGUGGCGAUCAUGUGGAUGAGGAUAAAAAUGAAGGUGGUGGGGAUGAUAACGAAGCCUCUACUGGCAAUCAGGUUGCCUCUGAGAGUCUUAACAGAAGCAGUAGCUUCCUCUUCGACAGCCUGUACGAUAGCUCUCUGCUGGCUGGUCUGAGCCCACAGCAGAUCCUUGACCAAUCCGAUGAAGAGGAAUCUGUCGGCCAGGAGGUGAGAGACGAGCGCCCUCUUCCGUCAACCCAGGAACGACGACGCAGUGAGCUUCUCGCCAACCAGGAGGCAGAACAGCAGGAGGCGAUCCAAUGGGGCGAGUCUUCCUUCAACCUGUCAGAGUGGGGAGACUCGCUGUUUGUGGGCGAACAUUUUCUGGAGAGGCAAAGCUUGCUCAGACUUGCAGAGAGAACGCUAAAGGAGCAAGAGGACCGCCAUCAUGAUGCUCAGCAAACCAACGCAGACCGUGUUCUGCCCGAAGAUCAGCUGUUAGAUUCACCGAAGGAACCCCGUCAGAUACAACCUGACUGUUUUUUAACUCAAAAAGAGUGUGAUAAAGAAACAGCUAAAAAUGUCACUAAUGGUAAAAAUGACAAUAAACCAGACAAGACACAGGGAAGGAUGAACGAAGAAGGGAAUCAGGUAGAGAGAAAGGAAGCGAAAAUGAAUCUUUUGUCAGAUAACAUGCCUGAAAGUACUCUUCAUUGCAGCCCUGGUUUACAAGAGAUCUUUGACCGUUGGCCUAGUAUGUCUGACCAGUCCUGGCAAAACACUACAACAGGCCACGCAGCCACACACACUGCUGCUGCAAACACAGUGGAUGCUUCAGAUCAACCUCAGCCUUCGAUACAAGCGGGUGGAAAAAAGGGAAAGCUAAAUGUGCAGCCUGCUGCUGCUGACAGUGAUUCUCAACUGGCACAACCGUCCACGCAUGAUGCUGUGAAUGUAAGAGAGAGACCAGGAUCUGCCGGUGACCUCAUUCCCCCCACCCAGGAAACGCCACCUGUCACACCCAGAGUAAAACUGACCACAACCUCGAUCCAGUCGCCUCUCACCGCCCAGCCAAUCAACCAGUCAACUCCUUCAGCCCUUCCUUCACGGAAACCAACAGCCCAGAAAUACCGUAAAUCCCACUCAGGACACAGUAGUCCUCUAUCAGAGGCUGCUGACACUAAACCCCAGACAGGGCAACCAAAAACACUACCUGAAUUCCAGCUGAAGUCUGUUACACGCUCAAGUUCAAAAACCAAACUCCUGCUACACGGCGACCAGAACCUCAGCCCUCCACCACGCUCUCCUUCUCCAUCCUCUCCCCAGCUGAAGCCUCCAUCUGACGCAGAAUCGCCCGUGACUGAUGACGGAUUCACCCUACAGCUGUCCCAGGAUGCUUCACUCUGUCCCAGCAACUCCGGGACCUUCUCCAUCAUAGACGUAGCAAGUGACCGGCGCCUCUUCAACACUUUCAUCAAAGAGUGGAAAACAAAGGAGCGUUACUCUCUGGCUUUGGCCUGCGAAAAGAGGGAGCACAUACAGCAGCCUGAGGGGGAAAUUGGAGGGAAACACAAGAGAGCACCAGCAGCUCGUCAGAAGCUCAACAGGACUGAUGGUUUUCCAGUAAGAGACAGUGAUGGUCUGGUGUUAAUUGGACUCUCUGUCUGCUGGGGGGCAAGAGAUUCAUAUUACAUAUCUCUGCAGCAGGAGCAGAGCAAAGGUCUGAGCUCCAGUCUGGCCCCUCCUCCACUGGAUGACGAUUUGCCAGUAAGCGAGAGGCUGGGGCAGGUGAGGUCCUGUCUGAGCAGGCCGUCGGCUGGUCUUAGAGGGGGUGUGGUUGUCACAUAUGACAUUAUCCAGGUGUACAAGACACUAGUCCUGAGCUGUGGCAUCAGCUUGGCGGGCAACUGUGAAGACCCAAAGGUGGCGUGCUGGCUGCUGGACCCUGGCAGUGAGGAGAGGACUCUACCCAACAUGGUGACUGUCUACUGUCCCGAAGAAUUACCUCUGCUGGAUGGACUCGGGAGUGCGCAUGCGCACUGUCCUCGUGUUAGGGCAGCGACCAAGAGUGUGCUUGUGCAUGCUGUCAUGAACCACCUCACCGGUCUGCUGGAGAAAGACAGCAUGCUGGAUUUAUUCAGGAGCAUUGAGAUGCCUUCCCAGGUGUGCUUGGCUCUGUUGGAACUGAAUGGAGUGGGCUUCAGUGUUGAGGAGUGCGAGAGACAAAAACAUGUAAUGCAGGCCAAACUCACAGCGCUGGAAUCUCAGGCGUACAACCUGGCUGGACACAGCUUCUCCCUCACCAGCAUUGACGACAUAGCACAGGUGUUAUUCUUGGAGCUCCACCUGCCUCCAAAUGGUGAUGUGGGUGGAUCAAAAAGUAAGAAGACUCUGGGCUACACCAGGAGAGGCGGUGGCAGAGUACGGCUUGGAAAGCAGUUCAGCACCACCAAGGACAUUCUGGAGAAACUUCGCCCCCUGCACCCAUUGCCAGGUGUGAUUCUGGAGUGGAGGCGGAUCACUAACGCCCUGACAAAAGUGGUGUUCCCCCUGCAGAGGGAGAAGCAAUAUCACCCUACGCUGGCCAUGGACAGAAUAUAUCCCAUCGCCCAGACACACACAGCCACAGGCAGAGUGAGUUUCACUGAGCCCAACAUACAGAACGUCCCCAAAGACUUUGAGAUUUGCAUGCCCACAGUGGUAGGUGAAAGCCCUCCUUCACAAAAUGGCUGCCAGAUGACCACCAAACCAGGAAAGAAUAGACGUUCUGUGGCACCUUCAGUUACAGGUGGAGCUGCAGAACAAGGCCCUGCCUUCUCUGUCAGUAUGAGACAUGCCUUUGUACCUUUUUCAGGUGGCAUGAUACUAGCAGCUGAUUAUUCCCAGCUGGAGUUGAGAGUAUUGGCUCACCUGUCCAAGGAUCAACGACUUCUACAGGUCCUGAAUGGAGGAGCGGACGUGUUUCGCUGCAUCGCUGCUGAGUGGAAAGGCGUUGACCCAGAGACUGUGAAUGAUAGCCUCAGACAACAGGCAAAACAGAUUUGCUAUGGCAUUAUCUAUGGGAUGGGAGCCAAGUCUUUGGGAGAGCAAAUGGGAGUGGAGGAGAAUGAUGCAGCCUGCUACAUAGAAAGUUUCAAAGCCAGAUACAAAGGGAUCAAUGCUUUUCUUAAAGAAACAGUAAAGAACUGUAUAAAGAACGGCUAUGUUCAGACUCUGAUGGGCCGAAGGAGAUACCUACCUGGAAUCUCCAACACAAAUACACACAUUAAAGCACACGCUGAGCGCCAGGCAGUGAACACGACCGUUCAGGGCUCAGCAGCAGACAUUGUUAAACUUGCCACUGUGAACAUUCAGAAGCGGCUGCGAAAAACAUAUCCUACUGCUCCACUGUCUCACCAGCACACACACUCAGGUACCAGUCAGUACAGGGCUGGGACGUCUCAUCUGAGAGGAGCCUUCUUUGUCCUGCAGCUGCAUGAUGAACUCAUCUAUGAAACUAGAGAGGAAGACCUCAUACAGGUUGCUCAGAUAGUCAAGAGGGAGAUGGAGUCUGCAGUAAAACUGUAUGUAAAGCUUAAGGCCAAAGUCAAGGUGGGACCCAGUUGGGGGAACCUGCAGGAUCUAGAUCUAUAAUGUGAAUGUUUUAAUGUUUGAUAUCACAAUCAAAUACCAUGUAGUUGCUGCUGUAAGUUCAGUGAUAUAUGUCCAUACUAUAAUUUGUACUAAAAUGUAACAUUUUUUUAAUCAAUACACUGGCAAUAAUGAAAUGUAAGAUAAACCCAUGAUUGCUCUAUGAACUCUAAGUGAACUAUUGAAUGUAUUUAUAAUUCUGUUUUCUGAUGUACAGUGUCACAAAUUAUAGAUUUUUGUGAAAAAAGCUAAUUUUAUUCAUAGAUAUCUCAAUACUUGACAUGAAAUUUUAUGUAAGAUGAUAUCCUGUUAUGUAAUAAAUUGAAAGUAUGUUUGGAAGCUGAUAA